CAACAAAAAUACGCGAGAGAGAGUUUGAGAGUUUUUUUUUUCCCCGAAAUGAAGGGACUGCAUUGGCUUCUAAUGGUGGCUGUGGCCUGGCGGUUGCGACAAGGCGUUGCUCCCCCCGUGCCUGGAAUGUGCGAACACCGGUGUGGGGAGGUGGACGUACCUUUUCCGUUCGGGCUCGAUACCAAUUGUGCGAGGUCCCCAGAUUUUUUGCUUAAGUGCACCAACAUCGAAGGGAGCGGUAUUCAACUACAGUGGGGGAAUCUUACGAUACACAAAAUCUCGGUCGGGAACUCGACCAUGAUCGCCAGUCUCCCCGAAGCAUACGAGUGCUAUGAUCAGAAUGGCACGCCAGCAAAUCAAAACAGUUCUCUGGCCAUCGAUCUAUCUCCAAAUCCUUGGUACAGAUUCUCAGAAACCCAAAACAAGCUCGUCGUCGUCGGCUGCAACGCCUUUGCGUCCGUGACCGAUGGAGAAGGGAUGGUCAGGAGCGGUUGCGUCUCCUACUGCAGCGGCAAUGGCGACUUCGCCAACGAGACCACUUGCUCCGGUCAAGGUUGCUGUCAAGCAUCCAUCCCAAAGGGGCUCAAGACGCUCGACAUUAGCAUCUCCUCCUUCGGCCAAAACGUGCUGAAGUCGCAACGUGGCCGCUGUGCACGGGCCUUCAUGGUGGACAACAGGCCAUUCAAUAUCUCAAACUUGACUCUCCAGACGUUCCAGGAUGUGGGUAACAACUCGGGCCUUGUUCUGGACUGGAUGGUCGAAUCGGACGUGAGCUGCGUUAUGGCCAAGCGGAACAGGUCGAGCUAUGCCUGUGGUAAAAACACGAAUUGUACAGACUUCGAGAAUGGACCAGGUUAUCGUUGCCUUUACGAGCCUGGGUACUAUGGGAAUCCCUAUAAUCCCUUCGAAGGGUGUAAAGCCGCCAUUCGAUUUGCGCUGCAACCUCUUCCUCCACUCUCCGUCUUGCAACUCACGCCAUUGCUGCUGCCACCGUCAUCCGCCCACCACUUUAGACGAGCCAGCCGUUGGACCACGACAGCCGCCUCUCUCUCUCUCUCUCUCUCUCUCUCUCUCUCUAUCUACGCUGAUAGACACUUUUCCCUCUCCUCCACUGGCAACGGCACCUCCACUUUGGAGAUGACAUUAAGUGCCACCGCCACUGCAAGCAACAAAGAUGACGUCUCUCUCUCUUCUCCUUCGUGAACCUGGCUAGUGCCUCAUCUCGGCAGUGACAAGUCCCCAGUACCAUCUCCUCAGCAAUGAAGGAGAUGAGACUUGCUUUGCUAGUCUCUUCCACAAACGGAUAAGACCUAAUGAGGAUACGACAAGGCCGUGUUUCGAAGGUCAUGGGGAUGAUGAGGACAUGGUCACGAUGGCUGUAACAUUAGUGACAGCGGGAAAAGAAAGAAAAGUGUAUUUUCUCAUUGCUAUAAUUUCAAUGAGAGGUCUAUAUAAAAUUUGAGGAAUUGUGGCUGGACCUAGGUCUAUGUCUAAUUGUUGAUCAUGUGGCUCACAUGAUACAAAGAAAAUAUCUCUCUUGAAGUUCCAACUUUUUGCCUAGUAGAAUAAGUCUAGAUGGUCGCCCCCACCCUGACAACAUCAUAGUCAACAUCAUUUCUAGCAACUCUAUCCUCAAGUUGCAAUGUCAAGAUCGA